AUGGCGUCGAAAUCGUUGAUUUUAUCUUUGGUUGUCGGCUUGCUAUGUUUGGCCACGGUCUACAUCCCAUCUAAUAUUUCCUCAAAGCUCUACAUGGCUUUCAGCUAUUAUUCUACAACCCUUUUAACUCAAGAAAUAGCCGAAUUGAAAUGUCCAAUUGCUACCAAAAUCUCUCCAAAGGAUUUUGACGGUGUUUCAAAUGAAAUCCUUGACAAAAUCCUUCACGAUCCCUUGUUUAGAAACCAGUCCGCCAUGAAGUUGUCAAAGGCGGUACAAAUCGUCACCGAAGUCACUGAUAAUACAAAGUUCAUCACCAACAUGGAUGAUCCAUCUUUUGCCCCUUUCACUGAGUUCCAUAAUUACCUUGAAAAAACGUUUCCUCAUAUCCAUAAAACUCUCACAAAGGAACUUGUCAACACCCACGGCCUUGUCUUUACCUGGCAAGGUACUGACCCAUCCCUUAAGCCUGUGGUUUUAACCGCCCAUCAAGAUGUUGUUCCUGUGGAAGAACACACCGUUAAGGACUGGAAGUAUCCUCCAUAUUCUGGUCACUUUGACGGAGAAAAAAUUUGGGGCCGUGGUGCUUCCGAUUGUAAAGAUUUGCUUAUUGGUCAAAUGGAAUCAGUGGAGCUUUUGAUUGAAACAGGAUUUGUACCUUCCCGAACCAUCAUUUUGGCAUUUGGUUUCGAUGAAGAAGUCGAAGGCACCCAUGGUGCGGCUCAUAUUGGAAAAUUUUUAACUGAAAGGUACGGUGAUAAUUCGAUAUAUGCAAUCUUUGAUGAAGGUUCCCGUGGGAUUCUAGAACAGGACGGUACAUACUUGAUUCCAAUUUGUACCGCUGAAAAGGGCUAUUUGGACUCAAAAAUAACUCUACAAACUCCUGGUGGCCACGCCUCAAACCCCCCUGGAAAACAUACCGCUAUAGGCAUUAUGUCGCAAUUUGUUGGUCUCGUCGAUGAAACUCCGUUCGAGCCAUCAUUGACUAGUAUCAAUCCACUUAUGGAGCUCCUUCAAUGCUAUGCAGAAUACUCUACUUCGAUUUCGCCAAUGAGGAAAUUUGCCAUUGGCAAGGCGGCAGAAGAUGCUACUUUCAAUAAAGCAAUUGUCGACUCACUUAUGGGUGAUGUAUUUAUGAAGUAUACCAUCAGUACUUCUCAAGCUGCCACCAUUUUCAAUGGGGGAAUCAAAGCCAACGCUUUACCUGAAUCAGUGGCCAUUAAUAUUAACUCAAGAAUUGCCGUGGACUCUUCAGUGGCAGAGACUAGGGCCAAAUUUGUGGAUAACCUUAUAACCAGUGCCGAUCUCUUUGAUUUGGGUCUCAUUGUUGACGAGGAAAUUAUCCGUCCUUUCACACCAAAUGGAUACUUCAACUAUUCUGUCCCACUUAGAUCUCUUGAGCCAGCUCCAAUCACAUCCACAAAGGGCUCUGUUUGGGAAGUUUAUACUGGAUCUUUGAGGUUCUUGUAUGAAGACCUUGCAUACCCGGAGGUUGUGGCAGAGCAUCAACCUCAAGGUUUCAUUCCGGUCCCGGCAGUGAUGACAGCUAAUACCGAUAGUAAACACUAUUGGAACUUGACCGAUAACAUUAUCCGUUAUUUCCCAGAAGUCAUAAUGAAAAACGGCAUGAGUCUCAAUGGGAUCCAUGGUGCGAAUGAGUUUGCGUGGAUCGAGGGCCAUUUGAAUCUUGUUGCAUUCUACUAUUUAUACAUGAAAAACCUUGAUGACUAUACUAAUUAA